UCACGUGAUGCGGCGGGGGGACCGGAAGUGGUGCCAGGCGCUGCCGAGGCUCCGGAGCCGCUCCCAUGGCGACCCGUGCGCUGCAGGAGUGGGCCCGGCAACAGGCCGACGGCUACCCCGGCGUGGACGUGAAGAACAUGAGCUCCAGCUUCAGAGACGGGCUCGCCUUCUGUGCCAUCAUCCACCGGCACCGGCCCGACCUCAUAGACUUUGAUUCGCUCUCUAAAGAAAAUGUCUAUGAGAACAAUCGCCUGGCAUUUGAAGUGGCGGAGCAGGAGCUGGGAAUCCCUGCACUCUUGGACGCAGAGGACAUGGUGGCGAUGCGUGUUCCAGAUCGGCUCAGCAUUCUGACCUAUGUGUCUCAGCUCUACAAUUACUUCACCAACCAGACCCACGCUGGUGUUCCCCCCUCCAUGAAGAGACCAGCUGGAAUAUCACCAUCGGAGCCAUCAGUUAAGAAAGUGAUCACUGUGAACAAACAAGUCCUUUCACCGCAUAGUGACUCCCCAGUGGCAACUGAAGAGAGGUCCCAGCGGAACACGCUGAGCAGCACAUGUGCAAUAUGCAGCAAACACGUUCACUUGGUGCAACGAUACUUGGUGGAUGGGAAACUUUACCAUCGCAACUGCUUUAGGUGCAAGGAGUGUUCCAGCACUUUGCUCCCUGGAGCCUACAAGCCAGGUGCACAUUCAGGCACUUUCGUGUGUACACACCAUCGAGGGCGGGUUGCUGGGCAGCUGCAGCGACCGGUGUCUGGUCAGAGCCUGCUGACGUACCAUGGACCUCUGCCAGCUCAGACACUUCCAUCAGCUAUCCCACGGAUACCACAUCAUUCCCAGGUGCCUACAGAAGUGUCAGAAGGCUGCCUUCGCAUCCCAUUGAAAGGGUUAAAUGCAAAGGAAAGUGGUGAGCAGUCGUACAGUCCAGGAAGCGACCUUUCACCCUCAGUGCCUUCUGAACGCUAUCAAUCUGCUACUGACAGAGUCCCAAAGCUUUCCAACAGCAUAGACUUCAAGGAAAUAUCACAACCUGGUGUGGAGUCUCGUAUGCCAGAGGAAUCACAGAGGUCAACAGACCAUUAUGUCUGCAAAGGUCAAACUGAGAAUGGCAUAAGCAAGCAGCUUGAAUCAGGGACACAAUCUGACCUGGUCGCUUCCCAGAAUGAACAACAGCAGGCAGUAGUCAUGGAGACGGACAUCGCCACAGAGAGAACCGAUACCUCAGAGGCUCCAGCCAGGUGCACCGACCAAAACCCAGAGGCAGGCCAGACCGAGGUGAACAAAGAAGCUGUUGAAGAGAGGCUGAAAACUCUUCCUGUUCCUGUUCCAAGGAAAACAGUUGACUCUGCAUCGUCACCCAUGGCAACACCACGUCCUGUCCCUCGACCACGGGUCAGCUUUGGCAGUGGAACUAAUGAAACCUAUGUCCGGAGAUCGGAGACCAGUGCUCUGGCAAAUGGAGGCGUGACUGAGCAAACUACACCAGUGCCGAAACCCCGAGAUCGGCCCCAAUCCCUUACUGAACGGUGCACUCCUGAGGGCAGGAAAGGAGACAACAAGCCUAAAGACCCUCCUUGGCUUUCGUUGGUGAAUUCUGAGCCAAAAAAGAGGCCUGCUCCACCCCGGCCUGGAACGCGGCCCAAUCCGAGCAACGCUCAGCGGGAGACGGGAGAGGCUCUCUCUUUAAACCCCUUCGAAGUGGAUGAUGAGGAAACAAAUGACACAUCAGAGAAAAUACCCAGUGUAGCGUCAACUGAGACUAUUCUCAAAGCAAAUCACCCAUGGUAUGGCAUUCAGGCAGCUAACAGCCCAAGGAGCAAAAAGCGGCCAGCACCCCCAGCACCAAACGCAUCGCCGUCAGCCCUUCGCUCGGUCCAGUCUCCAGCCCCCAAAACAAGCCCAUCCCCGUCCCUUAGCAUGGAAAGUGUUACAGGGGAUUCUGCAAAGUCUACUCCGGAACUGCACAGAAGAUUUGAAGAUAGUCCUGCUCUGGCUGCCAGGAGCCCAGAGGUGGCAGGCGAGAGCCCAAUAGUAGCUGGUGGGGGUCCAGAGGUGGCCAGUGAGAGUCCAGCAUCGACUGGUGGGAGCCCAGAAUUGGCUAGCAGAAGCCCAACAGGUGCCAGCAGGAUUCCAGACGUGACCUGUGAGAACCCAGAGGUGGCCAAUGAGAGCCCAGCAUUGACUGGUGGGAGCACGGAGGUGGCUAGCGGGGACACGGAGAUGGCUAGCAGGGGCACGGAGGUGGCUAGUGGGAGCCCAGCAAUUAAAGAGACCACCACGGCAUCCAGUGAAGGUCCAGCACCGUCCAGCUAUCACAGACCUCCACCAAAGCCUCCAUCGGCCCAUAGCCCUGUACCGUCACUUCAUCCGUCCCCUGAAUCAAACAGAGCAAAUGCUGCCUGCACUGACCCUCAGUCAAAGUCAUCUUGCAAAGAAAAUCCAUUUGAUAGAAAAUCCUCUCCUGCUGGAGGAGCUGCCCCACUCAGACCACGGAGAGGGCCAAAGCCAGCACGUCCACCAGCACCCGGCCAUGGAUUCCCACUGAUUAAACGCAAGGUGCAUGCGAAUCAAUACAUUCCGGAGGAGAGUAUCCAAGGAGAGUUGGAACAACUGGAGCAGCAGCUGGAUGAACUGGAACUCCGUGGAGUUGCUCUGGAGGAAAAACUACGCAACUGUGAAAAUGACGAUGAUGAAGAUGAUCUUCUGGUCGACUGGUUCAAACUGAUCCAUGAGAAGCACUUGCUGGUUCGCCGUGAAUCAGAGCUCGUCUACACCUUUAAACAGCAAAACCUGGAGGAGCGGCAGGCAGAUGUGGAGUAUGAAUUGCGCUGUCUUCUGAAUAAACCAGAGAAAGAUUGGACAGAUGAGGAUCGUGCACGGGAGGCAGAAUUGAUGCAGGAGCUGAUUACGGUCAUUGAACAAAGGAACGCCAUCAUCAACAGCUUGGAUGAAGACCGACAGCGAGAGGAAGAGGAGGAUAAGUUGCUGGAAACAAUGAUUAAAAACAAAGAUUUCCACAAAGAUCCAAACAGCGAAAUGAAAAAAAAGGCAAAAUUCAAACCAAGCAAGAUGCUGAAGUUUCUUAGCAACAAACCAGAGGGGAAGUCUAAAAAUGCCAAGGAGAAGAACUUGUGACGGAAUAAGUGCAGCAAUGAAGGGGGAUCUGCAGGUGUGGUUGGCACAGCUGGUCAUGUUGGGAGCAGCUCUACAGUGUCUGGUGAUUGGUUCAUAGGAGUCUCGUACUUGAUAUUAGGCAGCUCCUUCCUGUGCUUAUUAUAUGUCCUUGUAUGUGCAAUAGAAACCACUACAGUCGUGUUAUUUGUCUAAUCUUAUUGGUGACACAGUCCGUUACUUGGCUGAAGUUCUCUCCUUUCCACCGUGUGGUUUUCUGCAAAGUUUCACAGCUGUAGAGUUGAAUGCUCGCGUUAGACUGGCUCAGGGCUUGUUUUAGGUCACGCCUGGAUGUCACCCAGUGCUCUGGAGCAGAGUUUCUAUUUCCUGUGUGGAGAUCGGCCCAUUUCCUGCUGCAUUCUGCUGCUGUUCACCACAGUGCGUGAAGACUUGGUGACCCAGGAAUGAUUCAGAAUUCUGCACGCUGUGGAGGCUUAUUUUGUGAGACAUUUUAUGCCAUUAAUCUGUCAUCAAACAUAACUGAAACCUUUGCAAAGAGACUAGCACUAUCCUAAGAUGCAAUAUUGCACCAGUGAUUCAAAAGAUAGAUUAUAAUAGUUCCUUCACAGUAUUGAGAACAGAACCUGCUGACACAGUAGCAUGGUAUGUGGAGUACAAUGUGCAGGCAUGGUGUGCUGGGCACUGUGUGGGAGUGUGAUGUACUGCUAUUUGCUUCUUACAAAUAACCUAGAGGCACUGUUUCGAGUGAACCUAUGUACAGAGUGCUUCUGAAUAGAAGACUGGGCUCCCACUCUUUGUCUAUCAGCAAUUCUCCAGUGAAUCUCUAUGCAGCAAGAAGCUAAAAACUUUCAGUCUGUGAAAUUCUUCCAGCUAGGACUUGCAAGAGUAAGAUUAGUUUGAUUUCAGUCAUCUAAAUACCCUUAUUUCUGUGCUACAAGUAAUGCAUUCAACUCUGUCCUGAAGGAUGGUAAAAGCAGUGAUGAACAGGGGGAUUCCUGUGCCGCUGUGUGACAUUGGGACAGAUUUUUAAAACUGGUAGAAAAUGUGUGUACGUGUUUAAGAGUAUGCAUAAAUUGUGUGCUCUCAUGCAUAUUUCUUGAGUGUAUACACAUCACACAGAUCCAGCUUCAGAGACCAACUAAUACAAAUAUGCUUUCAAACAUAGUGAAGGUCAUAGUGAAGCUAUUUCUAUUAAUAUUGUACUUUAAUGACCAGUGGUGUCUCGGCGUGCAUUGUGCUGUUAAUAUUUUUCAGCAGGGUCAUUUACACAAGCUUCAAACUAAAAUUUAGUCAUCUCCAUUUGAGUGAAUCUCUGGACAAUCUGAGUACACCUUGGCCAUGCUCAGCGUAUGUUAUAGUAUGUUGCAUUGCCAGGCAAUAGGCCCUUGUUAGGAGCUGUUCCUAAUUCAGCAAGGCAAGGGGAUUUACCAAUCUGACCCAUGUACUUGCAGUACUAUCUUAUGAAAGGUCACAAGGGUAAAUGUGUUCCAGCAAGAAACAACUUCAGUUUGGAUUUCUUGCAUGAUUCAAACUUUUUCAGGGACUUUUAGAUUUGUUUUUGAAACUUAAUCCAUCAGUAGAUUCGACAAGGACAACACACUGUAUACUCUCUAUUGAUCUAAAUACUGGACUGACACUUGGUAUCUGCACUCUCACCCCGAUUAACAUAGUGUGUUGAAGUUUUGUCAGCUCUCAGCAAUAAUUGUAUCUCUACUUAACAUACAGGAACAGCUGCCAAAAAGCCUUAAUCCAAUUUAUUGUCAAAUCUUCAGUUUAAAGUCUUUUUCAUACUUCUUGUAACUGGGGUAUUGGUGCCAUGUCUUUGUAUUAGUCAUUCAAUUAUGGUAUUGCUUUCAUAAGUUCAUUCAGAUCAUUUUUGCUGAUCCAAAUCUUUGACUUUUACUUUAUCUUACCUAUUUGUAUAUAAUAUUUAUUGAAACACACAAGAACUGUUCUGAAGCUAUAUUAUUCUGCUAACAAAAUUGAUAAAAUUGGGUCUAUUAAAAUGGAAAGAUGUCCAAAUGUG